ACACAUCACAGUGUUUCUUGCUGUUGCAUGCACAGAUCAGGCUGUUGCUGUGUUUUCUUGCUAAAGAGGAGGAGGGAAAUCUGAUAACAGUAAUAAAGUCCAGAUCUUCCAAACCCAGCCUGUGACAUUUGUCCCUGAGUCUUUGACAUACUUCAGCUUUCUUUGUGUUGCGUUUACAUUCCUUCCCUAUCCUCGGCUGGUAUACUGAAACAAGGUUGUGUGUCAUCAUGUGGCUUCUACUGGUAGUGCUUCUUGCUCUGGUCUACCUAUAUAGGUGGAACCAAAAACGUCUGAUCCUCCCGAAUCUCACAAGCAAGUAUGUGCUGAUAACAGGAUGUGACUCUGGCUUUGGAAAUUUAGCAGCCAAACAGCUGGACAGACGAGGACUAAAUGUUCUCGCGGCUUGCUUUACUACCAAAGGAGCUGAAGACCUGAAAAAGGAGACAUCACGUAGGCUGCAGACUGUGAUCCUAGAUGUCACAGACAGCCAGAGUGUGAGCCUUACAGCCAAGUGGGUAGCUGAUAUUGUAGGAGAUAAGGGUCUCUGGGGCUUGGUGAAUAACGCAGGUAUAGCUAUUCCAACCGCUCCAAAUGAGUGGCUGACCAAGGACGAUUUCUUUAAGAUCCUGAAUGUCAACUUGCUAGGAGUUGUUGAUGUCACUCUUAAGAUGCUUCCUCUGAUCCGGAGAGCACAAGGACGUGUGGUAAAUGUAGCCAGUAUUGCAGGUAGAUUUACUUUCUGUGGUGGAGGAUACUGCAUGUCUAAGUAUGGAGUGGAAUCAUUCUCGGACAGUCUUCGCCAUGAGAUGGCCCCGUUUGGAGUGAAGGUCUGCAUCAUAGAGCCAGGAUUCUUCGCUACACAAUUGGCAGAUCCAAAACUACAGAAAGAGUGUGCGAAAAAAUUGUGGGCACGAGUUUCAGAAGAAAUCCGCCGGAGCUAUGGACAGGAAUACUAUGAAAACUAUUGUGCAACUGCUGAUAAAACUCUGUCAAUCUGUAACACAAAGCUGUCUCUGGUGCCUGAUUGCAUGGAGCAUGCCCUGACAGCGGAACACCCCAAGACACGCUAUUCUGCCGGUUGGGAUGCCAAACUGCUCUACCUCCCAUUGUCUUACCUCCCUUCCAUAUUUACUGAUUUUCUGAUUCGCACAAUGUACUCUAUACCAAAGAAAGCUUAACUAUCUCUCCUGUAUUAUUUCAAACUAUCUCGUUUAAGAAAAUGGAGCAUAAAGAAAACAAGAAAUAUA